CAUUGGGUUGGCGGCCCGAACUCCAUUUGCCCAGCCCGUCUCCACCACCCGAGGCAGUCCACGAGGCUCCGCUACCGCCGGCCGUCCUCGGCUCCCCGCCGCCGUCGCCACCUCCCCUGACCCUCCGACGGCCGCCCGCGCUCGGCUCCCAACUAGGACUACAAGUCACCGACGUCCACCCCAAUCCAGCGAAGUGCGGCAGUGCCUUCCCCGCUCGCGGGAGGAGCCCAAAUCCCGCAGCCGCCACUCUCCGCCAGGAUUUUAAGCACAAGAUGCUGGUUCUUUAUGUGCACUCAUGAAUGCUUGAACCUGGAGUGACUACAUAGCUUGGUAUUCAUCACAUAAAUGACGGGAAGAAGAUUGGCAGGGCAUGAGUAUUUGAGUCCCAGAACCAUUUACUUCAUACAAUGGAAGUCUAUGUCAUCAUUCUCAGCUGGUCAUGGACGCCGACCCAAGAAGAAGCUAUAUCACCGUGAGCCUGGUCUUGACAAGGCCAUGGACCUUCAAAAGAAGCCUGCCCUCCUCCUUCGUCUUCGUGACCUCAUUUUGGCACAAAGGACAGGUUCAUUACUUGUACGCGACCUUGAAAAGGAGGUUGGCUUUGUCCAAAAAUGGAACUUUCUUUCGCUUAUCGAGCGCCAUCCCAAUAUCUUCCAUGUCUCUGGUGGAAGUGCUUCCCGAGAGCCCAUUGCUGUCACGCUUACUGAGAAGGCCAGAAGGAUAUCAAAUGAAGAGGAUCGAGCACGAGAGCUAAUGGAGCCAAUCUUGGUGAAAAAUUUAAGGAAGUUACUGAUGAUGUCAAUGGACUGCCAGAUUCCCUUGGAGAAGAUUGAGCUAAUCCAGUCUGAACUGGGCUUACCUAAGAACUUCAAGAACAACAUGCUUCCAAGGUAUCCUGAAUUUUUUUCAAUCCGUGAUGUGAAGGGAUUGGACUAUUUGUGUCUAGAGAAUUGGGACUCUUCACUAGCAGUCACAGUGCGAGAAGAAAAAAUAAAUUUUGAGGGUUUCCAGAUAGGCUGUAGAGGGAUUCCUAAAGAUGGAAAUAUCUUGGGUCCUUUUGCUUUCAAGUUGAAGUACCCAGCAGGAUUCAGGCCAAACCGGAAGUACCUUGAGGAAGUUGUCAGGUGGCAGAAGAUGGCAUUUCCUUCACCUUAUUUGAACGCUAGGCGAGUCGAGUCAGCAACGCCACAGGCUCGAAAGCGAGCCGUUGCUGUUCUGCAUGAGAUUUUGAGCCUGACAAUGGUGAAGCGAUUGACAUCUGAUAAGCUAGAUGUAUUUCACAAUGAGUACAGGCUUCCAUGCAGGUUACUUCUUUGUUUGGUGAAAAAUCAUGGCAUCUUCUAUAUCACUAACAAGGGAGCAAGAAGCACUGUCUUCCUCAAGGAGGCUUAUGAGAACAGUGAUCUCAUUGAUAAGUGUCCUUUAUUGAAAUUCCAUGAUCAGUUUGCGUCUUUGAUUGGCCGACCAUGCUCCAACUCAGAUAAUCCACUGCCAAUAUAAUUGGAGUGUAGAUUUACUGGUCAGCAUACAAACUACGGUUGGUGCGUUUGUUUAGUUGAAACUCAGGUCAGCUCAUCGAAGCACAUUUGCACAUGCCACUACAGUUUUAGUCCUAUGUACAAUGGGUGUUUCUCUCAGCUCAGUAGCUAAAAAGAGAAUUAAAGAAUGGAAAAAACUAGCGACCCAUCUUCAAGCUAUCUGAGAAAUCAAGUGACAGUGCUGCAGAUUAGAUAAUUGGUUGUACCAGAAGCUGCAUAUUUAUUCCCCACAGCCCCUUCAAGUUUUAGGUUUGGAUCUUAGGGGAGAUAUGGAUGGUUAGAAAGGAUUUUCUCCUGUUAUGCAGCUUAUAACCCAAAACAAAUUUAUGCCAUUCUUAUUAUUAUAAUAUUUACUUUGCUUCUCUGGACUGUAUCAUACUACCUUGUGAUUCUUCUUGCAGAAGUGUACUUGAUAUCAUUCUACACCUAUGCAUGUGUCACAGUUGUAGACAGCGAUUGCUUAGUUUGCAUGCUUCCAUCGAUCGAUUAAACCUAUGGUUAAUGGUAUUAAGCCAGUCCGGUAUUGUUUCUCAGUCUGUUCGUUCUUUUGAUUAUUUCUGCAUCUAUACACAGGUAGAAAGCACCUAUAAAAUGCCAGAGAUAUUGUCAGUAGAUGAAAUUAGACCGUGGAAUGGUCUGCUAGCUUCUGAAUUUAUUCAGAGGACCAAAGUUUUCUAUAUUCAUGAAUCAUGAUAUCUGAUUGUUGCCUCAUGGUUAUUGCUACUUAGUUAUUUCAAACGUGUCCACUGGGUGGUAACUCCCACAACCAUCCACAUACUUGUUUAUUUUUCUGAUCUAGCUGCUGAAUAGGCAUUUAAGAUGUAUAAGAAUGAGAAAUAGCCUCAUGCACAACUUGCACAAUUAGUAAUAUUCUUACUUGAAAAGUUGAAAUCUAAUUAAAGGCUUUUAGAAAUUUUAUUAGCCAUAUAAAUAGAUCUAGUGCUGGUAGCUAAUGUUUUUCAUUAUGUGGAGACUUCAGCAGAACUUACAGGCAACUUUACAGCACAAAUGUUGUGUCCUCCUAUGUUGUUCGUUUUAGUUUCAACUUCAGAUAUAAUGGUAAUAACCCAGGUCAGUACUAUUUCUCAAUCUGUUAUUUCUUAUGUCCAUAUCUUCAGGGCAGAAAGCACCUCUAAAUGCUCCGGAUAUUGCCAGUAGCUGAAAAUUUUCCUUCCAUCUAGCACAUCCAAUGGUAUGCUAGCUUCUGAAUUUGUUGACGGUACCAAGCUUUUCAAUGUUCAUGAUAUAUAUCUCCUUGUUCAAUGUUCAUGAUAUCUCAUUAUUUCUUUAUACUUCUGUUAUUUAGCUACUUCAGUCAUGUCUGUUGGAUGAUCACUCCCAUAACCCAUGGACCUAUUUUUGUAUUAGCAGGGCUUGUUCAAUGAAUUGCAGCAUCACAUUCUUGUAGUUCCAUGUUAUUUGAGUGAGUAAUGACUUAGUCUUAACUAAUUUUAUUGCGUCCUAUAGUACUGGCUUUGGUCUUAACUUCAGAGAUAGUUUCUCAAAUGAUUGAAAUGUGAAUUUGGUUAGAACAUUGUCAGCAUCCUCAUGUUGUGAGUUAUCUGCUUCCUUGCUGUUGAACUGAAAACAGAGGACGGAUAAGAGUAUUUAUGUUCACAUGCUAAACAUGCAUUAAUCAAAUAUUCCUUCUGAUUCCAAAUAUAAGUCGUUUAGGACAUUGCCACGGUCUCCAAUAUGAUACUUUGACUUGCAAUUUUAUAAAAGUAUAUUGUUUCCAAUAUAGAUGGUUAUAUAUAACGAAAGUAUUUCUAUGAUGAAUCUAAUGACAUCAACAGUGUGGUGUCAGUCUAUAUAACUUUUCAUAUAUUGGUGGAUCAAGUUAAAGAAGUUUGACUGACUAGAAUUCUUAAACGGCCUACACUGGAAAUCUGGAAUAGGAGGAAGUAUUUGGUAUAGUUUAAAAAAAGAGGAAGUAUUUGGUAACCAUGUGUGCACAACUGCACAUUAUUGUUGUUUCUUUUUUUGGAAAGAAGAUUAUUGUUGUUUCUAAUAUCACGUGUUAAUGGCUACCGGUUUACAUUUUUGUUAUUUUUGUUCCAUGUGUUAAUGCCUAUGUACCAGUGUCUAUCGCACAUCAAUGAGAAGAAUUGAGAUAAUGACUGUUCACUUUUCCUUCCCUAUCACUGAUUGUGCUGACUUACUAGCCCUGUUUCAGAUUGCCAUAAUUUAUAGACCCAACUACCGUGGACCACAUUCAAUCCGGUCCAGUAUGGAAGAUCCAUUUGAUUGUUGUGUGCUCCUGGAUUAUCAUUGCACUUGAUAGUAAUGUGUGUCUGUACUACAGUGAUCAUCUUUUAUUGCCAGUCUAACAUGUGUCCCUGUGUUCCUGGUGGCUGGUGCUCUGAUAUUCUUGUUCUAGAUGUUCUGUGUAGAAGUUCAAAAUUUUAGUUGCUUCGUCUAUUAUUCUACUGUGACAUAGAUGUGAAUAAUGUGCUUCGGCUGGUUAACACAUAUCUAUUUCCCCCUAUCAUAGACCUACUAAUGUUUGCAGUGUGCUCUCUCAGAAUUUUGUCCUGCAGCAUUUGUAUUUUAUAUAAUCAUCACACUUCAUGUUGCGGAUUGCCCCUUUUCUGUUAACCAAGACUUGCGCACAUGGGAUUAUUAGCCCCACUUCUUUGUGAUGCGCUUGUAAUAGCUGGCCAGGGAACUCACAGUAGGGUCAAUGGUGAUAAAUGCUGGCCUAUGAUUUUUUUUUUGAAGAUCAAUGCUGGCCUAUGAAUUAUUAUGUGAUCUAUAUCAAUCUGGAAGAGGUACUGCUUUGUGUCAGAAUUGAUACAUUCUGCAGCUGUCAAAUAAAGAGACUUUCCAACUGAGUGCUCUGACAGACUAAUGCCAUCCUCUGAAAGGCUGUGGGUUACAUAGUUGCUUGCUGCUGAAUAAUGACCAAUGAAAUUGGGGGCACUCACUCUGUUGUUGAUCUGGGACCAGAUUCUAAACGGGAGGAGAAGGCUUUAGCAAUGGGUCAUGCCAACCCCGCAACAGGCUAAUAAUAGGCACAUGUUUGGAUCCUUUUCAUACCUCCUUCAAUAUCUUGAGUUUGUUUCGAUAUCUCAGUACCAAAGUGGCUGUCCACAAUCCAAUCCACAUGGAAUGCCUUGGUGGGAGAUGCAUUACUGAUGUUCUCAGACUUCACUGCAACGCUAAACCAAGCUUUCAGUGGGAUCCGUUGGAAUAAUCAGAUGAACAUAUGCCAAGUAAAGUUCAACCGACAAAAUUAUGGGCGGUGUGAGCACAUUGAGGUGAAAUCAUGCCAACUGGCUGCUGCUCAGUUUGUUGCUUGAUUAUAACCCAUGAAAGUGAGGAGCAUAUACAGGGGUGCAGCAAUUGGGACCAGAUUCUGCAGGCACCAAGAUGACACCCAUAAUGAUAGUGGUCAUGAACCUGGUCAGAUGCACUAAAAGCUAGAUUUUGAUGGGAGGUAGUGGCUGAUAGUUUAGGCAGGCCUAUCCUGAAGUCAUACGAACAAUGGAUGGAGACUAGACGCCCUUUUCGGAUCCUGCUUUUCUUCCUUCUGGCCAAGCAUCUGGAGAGGGAGAUGGAUCAUUCCAUCUUUAGCUCACCACCAAACCCACCGGAUCAAUCCACUGAGAUUUCGUAGGGACACACCUGGGUGCUGGAGCAAUCAUAUUCCUAUCUUAUUGGUUGGACCAAUAGCUGCUUUACCUGAUUCAUUCAUAGGGUAUAAAGAUUGUGCCGGACUGCCGGCAGCAGUAUCGUGGAAUGCAAUGGCACAGAUAAACUUACUUUAUUCGCAAAACAGAAGAUGGACAGGAAAUAAGGUCUACUAAGCUACCUGCAAAAAUCAAGUUGCAGUGCACCAGAGGUCAAUUCUUGUUGAAGGUAAUCACCAAUCAGCUGUGGGUAGCGGGCGAGGGCAGAUGCGUCCGCGGCGGUGACUUGUGCAAGCUGCAUUGCGUCCGGUUCCGAUCCGAAUGAUGGUGGAGGACCGCUGCGUGCGUGGUGUGUGGGGCUGCCGCGCGCGGCCGGUUUUUGGUCUUGUCUGCUGCCGCGGAUGCCGCUGCCGGGUGAAGCCAUGCGCCCGCACCUUUCUGCCAGCAGUUUUGUUUGUGUGCUUUUGAUCCAUGAGCCUGACGACGGCAACAGUGACGGCACCUCCCCUUCUUUCGGCGGCAGCACUCCGCACGACGCGAGGGCGUGGGGUGGAGUAGGCUUUUGGCAUUUGCGAGGAGAGCCGCCGGGAGGAAAGGAAAACCACCCCAUUUUCCAGAGGCCAGCGCGUGCGCUUCUCAAAGCCAUCCAUACAAUACGCCAGCCCGAGUGAUGGAGGAGGCUCUUGGGAUGCGACGGGAUGAGGUGUCCCGUGAGGUGUUUUAUUUGUUGCCACUCCUGACAUGGUCGGUCACGUCCCAAUUGUAAUGUAAUUCCAAAGAAUAUUAUAUAUAUAUAUAUAUAUAUAUAUAUAUAACCUUCGCUUGCA